CGUUUCCCACCGGAAAGAGACGUGUACUUUGGUGAAGGGGAAAAUAUGAUGCUUGCGGUUUUGUUGACAGAAGUUGUUCGUAUCGACCUAUGUACGUCAUUAGCGUGCGGCCCUACGUGUCCUGUAGCUAUUGUAGUGUAGUAUGGGGCAAUGGUUGAACGCCAGGUGGCGACCCAGAAUGGUGAGAAGAAGAAAUCGGACGACAAGAAACGGUCAAGGCUGACGGAAAAACGAGCGAAGAGAAGAGCCAUGGUGCGGCUUGCGGCGUUACGCCUGGUUCUCUGUCUACUUGUGGGGCUGUUCUUUUACAUCGUUAAAGCUUCCAGGAGUUCCCACUAUGCAGUUAACCCCAGCCCUCGACUGUUCCACCCCAUGUCACCAGUCCGAGAGUUCAGGGCAGGAGAUGUGCAGACCAUGAAGAUACUGGUCGCACACAGCGAGUUGUCCAUGGUCAUGUUUUACGCACCCUGGUGUGCAGAGUCCAAACUCGCAGCUCAGGAAUAUGUGCAGGCUGCAAAGGAGUUGCACAAAGAGAUAUUUUUUGCAGCCAUCAACUGUUGGGAGUAUGCAGGCGAAUGCAGGAAAAAGUUCGCUUUCCAGAAGUUCCCUAAAUUCUUCGUUUACAACUCAAGGCUUGAAGGGAUUGAGUACAAGGGUCCUGUCACCACAGAGCAUAUAGCAAAGUUCCUGCGCAGGGUAGCCUCACCAGUAACAUAUAUAAGAGACCUGGAAGACCUGGUAUUCUUCUGUGCGCUAGAAGAUACAGGGGUACUAGCAUACUUUGACUUCAGUGACUGGAGACCCCCCCUUGGAUACCUGCACUACUACCUGGCAGCACAGAAUGCCUUGGAAAACAAACCAUUCCAUGGUGUAAAUUUUGGAGUCAUUACAAGUCAAGAGGUGGCAGGACUGAUAAAGGUCACAGAGCCACACACUGUUGUGAUGACCAGAACACUCAACGAGACACUGGUAUAUCCUCAAACCAGGAACUUCUCCCAUCAAGACAUUCUGGCAUGGGUGGAAGAAAACAGAGUACAGACUGUGCAGUGGCUCCCCCUAGCAGGAGUGAAGAGCCUGCAGCUGUCCACAGAAUUGCAGGCAGGGCCGUCACUCUUGUACUUCACCCCCGACAACCCUGAUGUGGACUCUCCCGCGGCUACUAUGUUUCGAGAAGUCGCCAUGGACUAUUUCAACUGUAACGACCAACAACUUGUUCGUGACUUUGUGAAUAUAAGCAGGGAAUAUCGCAAAAUGACGUACGGAUCCGAGGAACCAACUGAAAAACAGGGCAGCUCUGAAAACUCAAAGAUGGACGACCAAGCAACUCCGUCCUCCAAAAGUCAGAAAAGUGCUCAAAGCUUGAAUUCUGUUGAAGAUUAUUUGCAAACUCAGGGUAAAGACUUACUCGUAGAUAGAAACAUAGAUAGCACAAAACACAGUGAUGCAGCAUUGCAAAGAAAGUGUGAAAAUACAGACACCUAUGAUAGUGUAGCAAAGAAUAUAAAAAAUUCUCAACCAGAGUGCAACACAGUAUGUACGAAUGAAAAAAGCUGCCUGUAUUCCAAAGAAUCAAAUCUUAGACAUUCCGCAAGUGGAAACACAGUGCAAUCUGCAAGUGACGAGGCAGUGGACAUUGAGGGAAAAGACGUGAAUAUCACAGGGCUUGGAUGCAGGACUAACAAAAGCCUGGGGUUUUACCUGUUGGACUCUACUUCCCAGUGGAGCUUUGCAGAAAAUAUGGGAGUGAAGGAAGGAAAUGGAGAAACAGAGAGUAUUGUCAUAGUGGACGUCAGGAAUGAAGUCCAGUUUGUUAUGGAUCCAAGUCUGACCAUCAAUGAGACCAACAUAGCUGCUUUUAUCCACAACUUUACAAGAAGCCAGCUGAGUAGACACCUGAGUACGGCACCUCCCCCUGUCAGCACAUGUCUUCCCAACGCCACCCAGCCCUGUGUGAUGGAAGUCACUGGGGAAACAUUCCAUGAUGUUGUGCUAGAUGAGGCAAAGGAUGUUUUGCUGCUGUAUUAUGCCCCGUGGUGUGGAGCAUGUUCUGCCCUGGCACACAUAUGGCUGGUGUUAGCUUCCUACUUCAAGAGGGCCUCCAACCUAGUUCUUGCAAGAAUUAAUGGUGACAAGAAUGAUCUUCCGUGGGAGUUCACAGUACCUGCAUAUCCCACAAUCCUCUUCUUCCCUGCAUUCAGGAAGGACAUGAGUGUGAAGUAUCCUGACAACCUACCGAUGACCUUGCCCAACCUUGCCGAGUUUGUCCUUGCACAUGCCAGGAGGAGGAACAGGCCAAGGUCAAAACCCACUGGCCACAAGGUCACGGCAGAUUGCCAGGAAGAAACUCACAGAGACCAUUUACAGAUACAGAGCCUUGAAAGAGAACUCACCAGUAUGAAAGACGAGAUAGAAGCCUUACGAACUCAAGCGCAGAAGUUACAAGAAGCUCUACGCAUCGUAAAGGUAGCAAAUGUUCGACUGAACGCCGAAAACAGGGAGAAAGAUCUCAGGAUAGAAGCUUUAAGGAAGUCAGAAGUAAAACUGAAACAAGCAUUGAAAGAGAAAGAAGUAAGAUUGCUGCAAGCAGAUGUUUUUAUGAAAGCCCUACAAGAGGGUAGCGUUAAGGCAACCGCAGAGAACGUUCUGUUAAAAAUGCAGGUGAGUGCCUUGCAACAAGCUGUGGACGGCAUUUACAAUGUCAUGGAUGCAGACAAGAAACAAAAUCCAACAGAGAGAAAAGACCCAAGACAUUCUGUUGAUGCCGGGCCUCCCACUCCAGAAAGUCCAAAAGACAGCCCAAGAGAACAGACUUCACAAGAAAUGCUGCAGAAAGAUCCUUUAAAAAGUGCUUCUCAGGUGAGAAAGGUUGCCCAGCCUGUGAGGGAAGAAGGAAGGCACCAGGAGGAAAGUCACAGUACGCAGGGUCAAAGAAGAGAGGGCAGUGAGAGAGUUGCUGUUGUACCGACAGCGAAGAUCCAACACACACAGGUCCUCCACACACAUGAGAACAACCGAGAAGAUUAUACCUGAGCAAAUGCUGCUAUCACUUCUUACAUUGUCCAUGUUAGCCCACAAUUCUGUUUUGUCCUUUGCAAAGUGUUUCAUUAGAACAUAACAUGUAUACAGCCUUCCCAAAGGGCAAUAAUCCUGUGGGUAGCAAACCAAAGAUAAAAAAAGACUGUGUAGCAGUGCGGGGUUUAUAGGCGCUACCAACUGAUCUGGCAAACGGGUCUAGACCUUUUCGGCCAAGCGG